AUGCCUUGCCAUCGACCCGAACAAGAGCUCACAGGACAAGGCCAAGAGAUGACGGAGAUGGAGGUCAAGAAGCUGGGCAUGGUCGGCGCAGGGAGCAUGGGCGGCAUGAUGACGCUCCUGUGCGCCGAGCACGGCAUCGAGGUGCACAUGUACGACCCUGCGACGGAGAACGUAGACCACGUCCUCACGCAGGCAGAGAAGGCCGGCCUCGACUCCAAGACCUUCCAUCAAAAGGACUACGAGUCGCUGUGCAAGUCCCUGCCCUCAGACGCGCCCAAGGUCUUCAUCCUCAGCCUUCCGCACGGCUCCGCCGGCGACAAGACCAUCGACGGCCUUGAGCCGCACCUGCGCGAGGGCGACGUCAUCCUGGACGCAUCCAACGAGCGGUGGACCAGCACCGAGCAACGGCAGGAGCGCCUACGGCCCAAGGGCGUGCACUUUGUCGGCAUGGGCGUCAGUGGCGGGUACCAGGCCGCGCGCCACGGACCCUCCAUCUCGCCGGGGGCCAGCUCGCCGGCGGCGUGGGACGCCGUGUGGCCGCUGCUGACGAAACUCGCGGCCAAGGACAAGUCGGGCAAGCCGUGCACGGCGAAGCUGGGCCUCGGCGGGUGCGGUCACUACGUCAAGAUGGUGCACAACGGCAUCGAGCACGGCAUGAUGACGGCGCUGUGCGAGGCGUGGGGCCUCAUGGGCCGGUGCUUCGGCUGGUCGUACGAGGAGAUGGCGGGCGUCCUGGAGCGGUGGAACACGGAGCCCGACAGCCCGCUGCGCGACAACUUCCUCGUUGAGAUCGGCGCCGAGAUCUGCCGCACCAGGGACCCCAAGGACAGCAGCAAGUUUGUCCUGUCCGACAUCCGUGACAAGGUGGUCCAGGACGUGUGCGAGGAGGAGGGCACCGGCACCUGGACCGUCGAGGAGGCCGCCAGGCUGCAUGUGCCCACGCCCAGCAUCGCAGCCAGCCACAUGUUCCGCGUCCAGUCGGCGUACGCGGGUCGCAGAGAGGCGGCGCACAAUGCGUUCCGCGACGCGGGCGUCGACGUCGUGCCCGCGGCGAGCCCGGCGCAGGCGCAGACGGCCGAGGGUAAGCUGAAGGCAGCCGGGUGGCUGCGCGACGCCACGUACGCGAGCUUCCUGCUGUGCUUCGUGCAGGGGAUGCACCUCAUCGCGGCGGCGGACGACGAGCACGGCUGGGGGCUGGACUACGCCGACGUGAUGCAGCUGUGGCGCGGCGGCUGCAUCAUCGAGUCGGACGCCCUCAUCGACAUGCUCGACGGCGUGUACAAGUCCGGCGCGGCCGACAAGCACAACCUGCUGGCCCACCCGACCAUCGCGAACGAGCUGAGCCCGCUCACGGCGUCGUUCCGCGGGCUGGUCGUCGACGCCAUCAGGCUGGACGCGUAUGUGCCCGCGCUCAGCGCAAGCCUUGAGUACCUCAAGUACUCGAUCUCGACGGACUUGCCCACGAGCUUCCAGGAGGCACAGCUAGACUUCUUUGGCAAUCACAUGUAUGACCUCAAGAGCGAGGGGCCGGGCGAGCCGGUCAUGGGGAAGCAUCAUUAUGAGUGGAGGCCUGCGAGGGGGUUGAAGGAGAUGGAGGAGGCGACCAAGAAGAAGGAGGAGGGGAGCGAGGAUGUCUACCUCAACAUUUAUACCAGACCAGACCAGAAGAAGCAUGCGACACAGCAUCCAUCAUUUUGUCUUCUUCGGCUCCGAGGAGCAGCAGCCUUUGUCGACACCAACCCGUUCGAAUACUAUCCUAUCCACUCAACCAUCCUACCACCCACUCACCUCUCCUGCUCCCUCUUUGCGUUGUUCUUUCGGUCACCCCCUCUUCUCCAUGUCGCGGUGGCAUUCGUCUUGAUCUUCAUGUUAUCCCCUUUCCAGUUCUCCCUCCUUCGCAAUGGCCUGCGACUCGUCUUCCCCGUGUCGCUGGUCCUGAGCCUGCUCCUGACCGUCUACCUGUACACGUAUCCCCUCUUUCUCUCCUGCGCCUUUCCUCUGCCUCAAUCUUCCACCUCCAGCUCGCACAAUGGCGGCAACGGUCGACUCUCCGCCCUCUUCGAAACAGCGAAACUCCAUCUCCCCUUCACGGAUCUGACCGCGACGACAAGGGACGGGGACGGCCCCAUCCGUUCGUCCCCUCGGCGAAUAGCUCCUUUCCGACUGCUGGCCCUGGGCGAUCCCCAGCUUGAAGGCGAUACCUCAAUUCCCAAUUACUACAAGGACUCCUCCUUCCCACACCUCAAGACCUUCUACUCCCUUCUGGUCUCCCGCAGCGACGACCAUCCUACCUUUCGAUCCAGCAAGAGACAAGCCUUCCACGACCUCGUCGACUUCUUUUUUGACGACAUCCCUGAUACCUUCGAGAGCGUGCGCAAGCGAAUCGACCUCUUCGGCAACGACUUCUACCUUGCUCACAUGUACAGGACUCUAAAUUGGUGGACUGUCCCAACACACACCACUGUACUAGGAGACCUGGUCGGAAGCCAGUGGAUCUCGGACACUGAGUUUGAAUGGAGAGCAUGGCGAUACUGGAACCGCGCCUUCAAGGGCGGGGAGCGCAUGCCAGACGAGAGCGCAUCAUGGCCUGCCGAGGAGUACGACCUGGCAGGAUACCUGGGCAAGAGCGUCUACAAUGAGACAUGGCAGCGGCGCAUCAUCAAUGUGGCCGGCAAUCACGAUAUCGGCUACGCGGGCGACCUGAACAAUGAGCGCAUGGAUCGCUUCGAGCGCGCUUUUGGCAAGGCCAACUACGAGCUACGCUUUGAGCUGCCCACUUCAGUGCUGUCGCCCGCCGGCGCGAGCACCAUCCGCAACGACUCCGCGUCCAACGACGAGAACUACAAUGGCCAGGACGACCGGCUGGUGCCCGAGCUGCGCAUUGUUGUGCUCAACGACAUGAACCUCGAUACCCCGGUCCUGUCAUCCGAGCUGCAGGACCAGACCUACCGUUUCGUCAACGACAUCAUCAACACCGCCACAGCGGUCGAAUUCAAGGGCCACUCCACAGUGCUCCUGACCCACGUGCCGCUGUACAAGCCCGAGGGCGUGUGCGUCGACGCCCCGCUCUUCACCUUCCACGACGUCGACGGCACCCUCAGGGAGCAGAACCAGCUCUCGGCCGACGCGUCGCGCGGCAUCGUCGAGGGCAUCUUCGGCCUGAGCGGCGACUCCAUGGCCCCCGGCAACGGCCUCGGCAGGCGCGGCGUCAUCCUCAACGGCCACGACCACGAGGGCUGCGACACCUACCACUACAUCAACCAGAGCUACGGGGAAAGCCCCGCCGACAGGGAGUGGCAGGUCAUGCGGCUCGGCGAUGCCGCCGCCGAGGGCGUCCCGGGCGGGCCCGGCCUGCCUGGCGUGCGCGAGCUCACGGUCCGCAGCAUCAUGGGCGGGUACGGCGGCAACGCCGGGCUGCUGAGCGCGUGGUUCGACGAGGACGAGUGGCAGUGGAGGUUCGAGUUUGAGAACUGCGCGCUGGGGACGCAGUACGUCUGGUGGGGCAUCCACGUGCUUGACUUGAUCACGGUUGGGCUCGGGCUGGCGUAUGCUGCUGUCUCGUUCCUAGGCGGCAGCAGCCAAGGGGAGGAGAAGAAGGUGGUGGCGGGUAGGGUUGGGAAGACGGCUGUUGUAAAAGAAAAUGGCCGUGGCGCCGGAGUUGAACAGCCUGUGACUUCCACGGAGGCGAGGACUGGAGAGACUGUAAAAUCAUGA